AUGAGGGAUAAUCCGGCGUAUAUUAACCGGAUUCUUGGGUCUAUUUAUAAUGAUCUUGGGUUUCUUGUGGAUUGCGGGGUCAUUACAGAAGCAAUAUAUGAAGAAGUAAUAAGCAAAAUACCUCGACGUUAUUUUCCGUCUCAGAAUUAUUCAGAACGCAAAGAAGUUUCAUGCAGUCAAAAUGUGAUUCAAAAUAAUCAACACCUUUAUCCUCAAAGAGAAGAGAAUUCUAAGGUUUUAUGUUCAAGAACUAGUAUUGGAUCAAACGUUGCAGAAAUUACAUCUAAAUUUCAACAAAAUGUGAAUGUUGCUACAAUAUCAUCGCCACCUCAGGUUAAACAAGCACAAGAAAAUAAUCAUAUAGCGAGAGCUCCUUUACCAUCAGUUCCAAAGAAAGCGAACGUUACUGGAAUUUUUCAAGCAGAAGCUUUGUAUGAUUAUGAAGGGGAAGAUGAUGAUGAUCUUACAUUAAAAGUUGGAGAUAAAAUUAAUGUUUUGGAAUAUGUUAAUGAGGAUUGGUGGAGAGGUAUAUGUAAUGGUAAAGAGGGAAUUUUUCCAGCUAAUCAUGUGAAAAAAAUACAACCCUUUACAGUUAAUGAAAGGGUUACUUUGUCACAUUUAUCAUCUCAAGAGCAUGGAUCUCAAAAAGAACAAAAUUAUUCUCAAAAAGGGUAUUAUGGAUAUCAACAACCUUCUCAACCACAAACACAGCAAUAUAACCCUGAAAAAAAAGCCAUUUCUAAUGUAGGAAAGAAAUUCGGUAAUGCGGCUGUCUUUGGAGCUGGUGCUGCUGUUGGUUCACAUAUUGUUGGUAGUAUACUAUAA